AUGAGGGGUGACCCGCCCCCUUUACCACCCCGACGACCUCCGGGCAGUCAAGUCACAACUACUGAUGCCGUACCCAAUGCAAUAGUGAUGGACGAGGGAGUUCCCAAUGACCCCUCAUACAGCCUAUCCUUGCCCCGCCCCGAAGCGACCACGAAGCGGAGACUGUUACUUAUCUACAUCCACGGUUUCAUGGGCUCCGAAGCUAGUUUCAACGACUUCCCAGCCCAUGUUCAUCACUUAUUGACCGCUGUACUCAGCGAGUCAUACAUCGUGUACACUCGAAUUUACCCUCGUUACAAGUCCCGCGGCGAGAUACAAACUGCUGUUGACCAGUUCAGUAAAUGGUUAUCCCCGCACGAGGCCGAUGAUCUUGACGUCAUCCUAUUAGGACAUAGUCUCGGUGGUAUUCUCGCUGCAGACGUUGCGCUUCUACAGAACGAGAUCCCAGAUGGGCAGCCACGACAUCGAAUAUUCGGACUUAUCAAUUUCGAUGUCCCUCUGCUGGGGGUGCACCCGAGGGUCAUCCCCACUGGCAUUGGCAGCUUGUUUCAGAAAAAGGACAAGCCAGCCGAAGGCGAUUUAGCAGAAUCGUUCGAAUCCUUAGCAAUGGACACAAACAAGCUUGUCAAUACUAACCCCAACUUCGAUCCUCCAUUUAUGAAUGAUGUGCGUCUGGUGAAGCGUGAUGCCUUGGGCAGUAUCAAGCAUUUUUUCAACAAGAACACAGAUCGCAUCUCGCGAUCGCUCGUUGAUCUCGUCCUUUCGCCUGUCCAAUUUGCAAACUGUGUGAAUGAUUAUCCGGGGAUCCGAAUGCGGUAUCGUCGGCUCAUGGAGUUGGAAGCUGGGAAGCAGGGCUACCCGGGAGUACAAUUUGUCCAGUAUUAUACCGCGAGCACCGGUCGCAAGAAGAAACCCGCGAAGGAAUCUAAGAAUGAAGAUGCGGGUGAAGAUGAGCACACGGAGGCAGGCGAAACGAAAGGUUCGGAUGAAUUCAAGGACGAUGAGAAAUCCGAGGAUAUCGUCCAAACAGCAAGUUCGACAACGGACUCGCGAAAGUCUCCUACGGCAGAAUCCGAUGUACUUGGAGAAACGCGCGCGGAGACAGAUGAAGCCAUAACGAAGGAUGACCCCUUAAUACUAGAGACGCAGCCUACUGCAUCCGAUUCCACGCUGGCAGUUGAAUCGCCUGCUACCGACGAAGAAAGCGUAUCUAGAGGCGCGGCAAGUCUCACAUCGUCCAUCUCAGUCGACAAGAUGGAGAACACGAGUCUGUCAGACGAUACAUCUAGCAUGGCAUCGACAACCAUUCCUGCACCAGAGACACCCCCCGAAAAAUUGCGCAAGUUCAUUUUAUUGCCCUCACAUCACUGGAGGAGCGCAAACAAUUCUCUAUGGGUCCCAGUAGUGAUGGAGGAUAUGGACGAGGUGGUAGCCCACCAGUCUAUCUUCCUUACCAAGGGCAAACACUACGAUGAAUUAGUUGGGGAAACUGUAACACAUAUUGAGCAGUGGGUACAGAACGAUAUGAGCCUUCGAGCAUUGUCCUGA